UUUUUACUUUCCUCAAAGGAAACUUAAAGUGGACGAGCAGGAGACCCCUCAAAAAUUUCUCCCCGGGGUUCGGGGGAAUAAAAGCUUCCUGGUCCAUCGAGGCGGGAGAAGAGGCGGCUUUGGAUUUAAGGUGGGAGGGGAGGGGCGGAAGAGCUCCGGUCCGCAACCCUUCCGGAGAACUGUGUUCAUCGGCUUCAGCUCCGGACCCCCAGCUCAGCCGGGCCCGUCCUAGGCGCAUCAUGACCGAAAUUACCGAAAAGGAGAACGACCCCCAACACAGCACGGAUGCGCAGCAGACCCCGAGCACCGGCUCCAGCCUGCAGGAAACAAAGUUACAAAGGUUCAAACGUUCUCUGUCACUCAAGACCAUCCUGCGCAGCAAGAGCGUGGAGAACUUUUUUCUGCGCUCUGGUAAUGAGUUCAAGCUGCCCUCCGAUGUCCUGCUCAGCCCUCCUGAUUCUGUGCCACCCCCUUCUCCACCCCCAGCUCCCUCUGAAGUAGAAUCCUCCCCCAGAGUCCUUCACAAGUCCCUGGGGACCCUCAAACCCAUGAAGACUCACAGCUUCCAGGAACACAUCUUCAAGAAACACAAUCCUUGUGAAAUUUGCCAUCAGCUGAUUGUAGGAAACUCCAAGCAAGGCCUACGAUGCAAGACAUGCAAAGCGAGUGUGCAUCUGUGGUGUUCAGAAGAAGUUUCCCAUCAGCAGUGCCUGGGCAAGACACAGGCAACCUCUUUCCGCCGUAAUCUUAGUUCUCCUCUGCUGCUACAUGAACCACAGCCCCAACCAGUCCCAGCCAAGGAAUCUCCUCCUGCAGGCCCCAGUGGAAAGGUAGAUCCCGUUUAUGAGACUUUGCGCUACGGCACUUCACUGGCCUACAUGAAUCGCUCCAGCUUCAGCAGCACCUCAGAGUCCCCCACCAAGAGUCUGAAUGAGAAGGAAGAACUAGUUCAGAACACAGAAGGCUCAACAGCCAGUGGACCAACAGCAGAGGAAAAUAUGACUGAUAAUGUUUUCUCAAUGGCCACAGAAGGCGAGAACCCUGUAUUGGAGGAAAAGAACUCAGGGCAACAGCCAUCUCAAGGCUCUACACGGAAAGAGGUCUCACCCAUGUAUUCUUACGUUGCUCUAUACAAGUUUCUGCCUCAGGAGAACAAUGAUCUGCCACUGAAGCCAGGAGACCGAAUCAUGCUGAUAGAUGAUUCUAAUGAAGAUUGGUGGAAGGGGAAGAUGGGAGACCGCAUUGGCUUUUUCCCAGCCAAUUUUGUCCAGCGAGUUCGCCCAGGUGAAACUGUCUGGAGAUGCUUCAGGACUUUCUGUGGCAACAAAGAACAGGGACAGCUGAGCCUUAAAGAAAACCAGAUCUGUGUUGGUGUGGGAAAGACCAAAGAGAAUGAAGGUUUCAUCAAGGUGACAAGUGGCAAAAAACGUGGGCUGGUGCCUGCUGAUACUCUGACAGAAAUUUGAAGAUGAAAGAUGAAGAGCAAAAUGAGAGAAGUAUACACUAGAAAGAGGACGCCUACAAGGGGAGCGACGCUGCCUUGUGUUCCUCUAGGCCACCCCAUAUCGGAGCACCUGGGUAAUCACUGUUUCACAGAAUCUUCCCACUGGAUCUUGCGAGCAGCUUUUGUGGAAGGGAUGAAAGGAGGCUUGAGGGGGAAUUGGCAGGAGCACCACUUGCUGUAUACCUUUAUCCAUGUGGGGCUGGAAAUUCACUCUUGUUUGGCUUAGUUUCUCAUCACAUUCACUGCAGUCUCUGUAAAGGUCUUUGGUGAAGAGCUCUCUGUGUUGUGAAUGUGAGGGAGAUUUCCUCUGCUGUAAUUCACACCCUGUUUUGUCUUUGGACCCUGACGGUAGAUGCCAGUUAACAAUUAAUUAGCCUUAAUUUAUUGGGAAGGAUCUAUCUUAUUGUAAGGCUCUUGACCCCCUCCCAUUUUCAGAAAUUCCCCAACAAUGCUGUGUUGCAUGCAAGCUACCCAUGGAAAUGCAAAGCCCUUCUCUGACUAAGAAGACCAUGUGGUGUGAUGGUUUCUGUGUUAGUUUUCUUUCUCUGUAUUUGUGUGACUGUUUGCUCACAGUUAGUGUCACCUUCUGUCAAAAAGAUGAUGUGGCCAGGAAAUUAUAUACAGCCUUUUAUUGGUCACAUAUUGAGGAGUCUUACUUUGGAGCCUCUUCUGCUUAAUUUUGAAGUGGUUUGCAAUUCUGUUGUGUCCUUUCCUGGGUCCUGGGGAAAUCAUACAACUAUGUUUGCUCCUCAGUGUGUAGUGGCUGACCCACCAUAUAACUGAUAGCAGCAUUGAUAAUUUCUCAGGGACCUUCUUUAGCCAGAUGCUUUUCUGAACUAAACAGAUAAUAUUACUGCUUUGCUCAUAGGAGUUCAAAGAUCCGGGUUACUCCAGAUUUCCUUGUUUCCUAGCAUGCUUUCAGCUAUGUGAUUUGCAGAUAUAUUUUUAUAAAAAAGGAAAGAAAGAAAGAAAGAAAGAAAGAAAGAAAGAAAGACUAUGAUUUAAAAAGAGUUGUUUAAUAUGAUAUUUGCAUAAUCAUCCCUAGUAUGACUAAACUAGCAUUUUUUCACUUGAUUUGCUAGUUAAAAAGAGAUGCCUUGUUAAAUCCUGUGGUUUCUAGGGCCCAGUUAAAAUAUAUAACAGGCCACAUAUUAGAUAUGAGAAAGAUGACUCACAUGAAAUACUUCUGUGUGAGAUAAACUAUUGAUCACCAUUUAACCAAUAGUAUGUAUAACAGAUCCAGUACACUACUAAAUACAUUCAAUAAUGAUGUACAUGCAUGGCUCAUUUACCUAGGUUAAGCACUUAUUUUCUUAUAUUGCAUAAUCAAACCACGGAAACAGAGUUCUUUCCUAGGAGUUACGCUGUGACUCUAGCAUAUUAGUAACUUAGCAAUAGGUAUUUCUUUACUUCCCCCAAAACUCCAGAAAUAUAUUUUCUUUAUUUAUACUUUAAAUUGCCCAAAGAUUAUACAAAAUAUACAGUUAAGUGCUUAAUUCAUCAGCUAUUUUCAAAAUAAGUCUUGGUGAUUUGGUGAUGAUCAAUACAUAGCACAUUCAUGAUAUUCAGUAAAUGUUUUCUAUUUUGUUUUUGGGAGUAGAAAUGCAUUUUCCUGGUUCCUUACAUAAGGACUAUUAGUGAAUACUUUUAUUAACCUAAUGCUAAAACUCAUAUCAUAAAAGUUAUCCUCGCACUAUAUAUGGUUUUGCCAUAAUCUAUGAUGAAAGACUGCUGUUACAAUAAACAAAUCCUGUUUGUUAUCACAAGAGCAAAAUAUAGGCAUAUGCACAAUGCAACAAAGAAACAAAUGAUGUAUCAGGAAGAUUUGGUCAAGUGUGCAAACUGUAUCUGAAACUAUGUUAUUACUCAGCAAUAGGGACCAAAGAAAUAUCAUGCAAUGUAGGAAUUGUUACAAGGAAGAAACACUGAUUUAGGGGUAGAAUCUGGUGUUGCAUUUAGAGAUGACUUUUAGACUCCUCCAUAUUUAAGCUGUCUCUCACAUUCUGAUGAUGAUUUAGUCAUGCACUAGAUGGAAACCACACCACAAUUUCUUUUCAUCAAUUAGCUUCUUAGCAAUCAAAUCCAUCUUCUCAUGAGAGAAGUCUUUAGCAAGCGACUCAAUUCCGUCUCAAAAAUCAAUCAGUAUUUCUUUUUUACUUGAGAUCAGAGUAUUGUUCAAAGUAUUUCCAUAUCAUAAAGAUAUCACUAUAUUGGCCUGAUUCACAUCUAUAUCAUAGAAUUUGUGCAACACUAAGCAAUGACUUGCAAAUAUGAUGUCCAGAUUCCAUAACCAGAAAGUUUAUAUCUUUAGAAAUGCUUUCAGCAAAUGAGCUUACCCAUUCAGUUGCCAAAAAUUAAGCAUAAUGAAAUCAAAUAAUGUAAAUGCAUGUAUGAGUCAGAGUCUAGCUUGGGAAAUUUAUUGCUUGCGGAGCUAAUACAAAGACAAUAAAGAUUAGAAUGUAUUUAAAUGUCAGUGUCACCAAGUGGAAGGUGUAGAGAAAAAAGAAGCACUUAAUAUUUGUUGGACAUAUAUUAAAGUAUGGCACAAUAAAUCUUCCACCUACACAGACUCACUUAUAUUGCCUUUUCUGGGUCAGGACCAUGAAAGUAGAUUAUAUAAGCAACAAGAAAUUAUCGGCAGUAUCAAUUUUCCAAAAUAAUGUUUUGAGAGAGACCAACAGUAGGAAAAUCUAUUUGGAAGAUGAAUCUCCCAUUUUUUGUUUUAUUAUACAUGGUUAUGUUUGCACUAUUUUUGAAUUACUGUUGGAUAGACCUUUUCCACUUUUUGUGCACUAAUUUGGGGUUAUCUCAAGCUAACCAAGCACUUGCUGAGUGCUUAGCCACUGUCUCAAUAAACAUGCAAAUUUUAAAGCAUCCACAGCAGCAUUCGUGAGGAGUUUUGCUUGGUUGUCAGGAUUAAAAAAUUAGAUUCAUAAUCUUAUGAUCCGCAUGUGAAGAGUGCCAGGAGGAACGUACAUAGGACAUAAUAUAAGAUCUUCCAUCUGGAAGGUUUAGGUUUCCUACUGCACUAAUUCGUGUAGCAGAUGUAAUUUCUUCAUUGGUUUCCCUUUUAUUCUCCUUUAAAAGUUUUAUUCAGAAUGUUGGAGUUAACUGGAACAUAUUGAAGCACAUGAUGUUUAUUUCUUUUCUAGUGAAAAAUGAUACAAUUACUCCUCAGUAAAUAACGUCAUUGAAAAUAUCGCUGGUGGGGGCUAUAAAAUCGAUUAGAAAAAUGGAAAACGGGAGGAGAAAGAACAUGCGGCCAAAUACUACUGACCCUACUUGAUUAAUAAUCCUAAUGAAUGGGGUAAUACAGAGGUGAUCUGAUAAGAAUUCUCCAGAAUAAACUGCAGCAAGAAACAAGGUGAGAUACAGAAGAUGUGAAGGGAAGGAAAUAUAAUCAGAAUUACAUUAUGAGAAAAGAUGUUUUUUUCUUGAUAAUGCCAUACUGAUUUUUGGGAGUUAAAACCAAAAGAAGUGUUUACUUGCCCAGUGGAUCUCCUAAGCUACCAAUGUUGGGGGGGGGGGGGGAGGUGGUUAGUUUGUUUUUUUCUUCAUUGGCUAAUUGUCACAGCAACAACUGACUAUACAUCUAAAACAAACAAAGCCAUGUCAAUAUAUUUUCCUUCUUAGGCAGGCUGUGUGAGAGACUGGUCACAAAAACAUACAACAUAUAUUUGAAAUCUUCAUUGUACAAAAAGUGUAGCACACUUGAUUCCUUGCUGGAAUCCCACUCAUCUAAGCAAUAAUGUUCAGUUACUUCUUGGCUGCACAUAGACAUAUAUGUUUAUAAAUGGCACCUUUGUAUAUGUUGAAGAAUGCAUUGUGGUCAAAGGGGAGAAAAUGGAAGAAAUGUUCUGAAUUAAAUACUAUAAUACACCAAACACUGUGAUUGAUAGGUUUUUCUUCUCCCAAUUUGGUCAAAGUAAUAUUGGUUUGUUAUCUUUUGGUAAGAUAGUUAAAGGUAUAGUGAAGAAUUUUUAAAGCCAAAACCUUAUACCUAGGUCAACACUUUGCCUAAGCUGUUCUUAUCAAAUCUUUCUAUAUGUCUUAGCUGGGUACUUUAUUCUUUAAAUAAUUGUAAACUGCACUUGCUAUCAAUGCUAUCGUCACCAAGCAAAUGAAGUUUGCAGGAUAUUCAUAUGGAUGUAAUAUUUAAAAUAUUUGAUAUGUUUUCACACAACUGGAAAUUUACUAUUGGCAAGCUGCUUGCAAAUUCUAGAGUCCAUAAAUAUGCUUAUUUGUCCCGUAUAGCAAGACAUCCUGAUGUGAAGAACUUGGGUGACUUGGGGUGUGGUUAUGCAACUAAUUGGGAUAGUAAUAGUAAACCUGCCUUUACACAGUGAAAGUGAAUGUGUGUGGUGGGUUAGUAUUCUGCUAAUAAUCUCUGUGCACUGUAGUGUGUAAGACAGAAAGAUACAAAUAAAGGGAGCAAUCUUUUAAAAUGUUAUUCAGUAUGUAUAUAUUUGGUACCAAGUUUACAGCUACUUUCCCAAAAGUUUAUUCUUAUAUCCCUGAAUGUGUGAACUCAUGCAUUUCUGAGUUUUGGACUGUAACUCCUGCAGUUGGAUUUUGCUUUGGCCUAUAAUAAGGCAUUUCACUGUCAUCUGUAUCAUUUCGU